AUGAAGGCAGAGGGUUGGGCACGCACAGCGCGUGUCGAAUCAGUCCCAGUCAGACCGACAAGAACGGGAGAGGGAGGACACGCGCACACCGGAUCACAGGGACCGGAAAGAAACCCGCGGACACACAUAUGUGACAUACGGUCAUAUUUAUCGCUCAUCUGAGAUACGAAAGGGGUUUUUAUCAUGAGCGAAAUAUGAGAAUGAGAUACAUGAGCUCGCGCGGACCGGCCUGAUCGCGCGCCGGGCCGAAUCAAAUUCACCUCAGUGAGAUUAAUCAGCAGAUAUUGUCACAGUUAUAUUAAUCAUCAGUACUCUUAUAAAGCGUAAGGUGAUAGAUUGUGUUCAAGAGACUAGAGGAGGUGUGUGUUGCUGUAAACACAGCCAUGGAUCCGGACACAGCCGCAGACUUCACCGUGGAAAACGUGGAAAAGGCCCUGCAUCAGCUCUAUUAUGAUCCCAACAUUGAGAAUAAGAAUCUGGCUCAGAAAUGGCUGAUGCAGGCUCAAGUGUCUCCUCAGGCCUGGCAGUUCUGUUGGGUUUUACUGAGACCAGAGAAGGUUCCAGAGAUCCAAUACUUCGGCGCCAGCGCCCUUCACACCAAGAUUUCCCGCUACUGGGGCGACAUCCCUGCCGAGCAGUAUGACACGCUCAAAACGCAGCUGUUUUCUCAGAUCGCUCGCUUCGCAUCCGGCUCUAAGAUCGUCCUGACCCGCCUGUGUGUGGCGCUGGCGUCCCUCGCCCUCAACAUGAUGCCCGAGGUGUGGCCGGGGGCCGUGUCAGAGAUGGUGCACAUGUUUCAGGAGGAAGGAGGCGAGGUGGAUGGACGCGCGCGAUGUUUGGCCCUGUUGGAGCUCCUCACGGUUCUCCCGGAGGAGUUCCAGACCAGCCGGCUGCCGCAGUACCGUAACAUCAGGGCAUGGUCUGUUCUCCUGUUCUCUAUCAGAGCUCUGUUGGAGCAGGUGGAGCACUGGCAGAGUUUUCUGGCUCUGGUGAAUAUGAUCAUGUUCUGCACGGGCAUCCCUGGUCACUACCCCGUCAACGAGACCACCAGCUCUCUCACGCUCACCUUCUGGUACACACUACAGGAUGACAUCAUGUCGUUUGAGGCAGAGAAGCAGGCCGUCUAUCUGCAGGUCUACAGGCCCGUGUAUUUCCAGCUCGUAGACGUUCUGCUGCACAAAGCGCAGUUCCCCACGGAUGAGGAGUAUGCUUCCUGGUCAUCAGACGAGAAGGAGCAGUUCAGGAUCUACAGGGUGGAUAUUUCCGACACACUAAUGUACGUCUACGAGAUGCUGGGAGCCGAAUUACUCAGUAACCUGUACGACAAACUGGGGCGACUCCUCACCAACACAGAGCAAACAACAACAUGGCAGCAUACGGAAGCUCUGUUGUACGGAUUCCAGUCCAUUGCCGAAACGAUAGACGUGAACUAUUCUGACGUCAUCCCAGGACUCAUCGGCCUCAUUCCAAGAAUCAACAUAAACAACAUCCAGCUGGCCGACACGGUCAUGUUCACAAUCGGAGCGUUGGCAGAGUGGUUGGCGGAUCAUCCGGUGAUGUUGAGCAGCGUUCUUCCGCUGGUUUUGCAGGCGUUGGGCAAUCCAGACCUGUCUGUUUCCAGCGUCUCCACGCUAAAGAAGAUCUGCAGAGAGUGCAAAUACGACCUGCCCCCGUAUGCCACCAAUAUAGUCGCUGUUUCACAGGAAGUGCUUAUUAAACAGAUCCAUAAGACGAGUCAGUGUAUGUGGUUGAUGCAGGCUCUGGGCUUUCUGUUGUCCGCGCUGCCGGUGGAGGAGAUCUUGAGGAACCUUCACUCUCUGAUCACCCCGUACAUCCAACAACUGGAGAAACUAUCAGAGGAGACGCCAAACCCUUCGAAUAAACUGGCCAUUAUUCACAUCCUUGGUCUGCUGUCCAAUCUCUUCACCACGCUGGACAUCACCAAACAGGAGGAGGAGUCAGGAGAGAAUGCCCCGCCCAUCAAAUCAGCCCCGCCCCAGACAGGCCCCAACCCUGUGGUGGUGGUGCUCCAGCAGGUCUUUGCACUGAUACAGACGGUCCUCAGUAAAUGGCUGAAUGACUCGCAGGUUGUGGAGGCGGUGUGUGCCAUCUUUGAGAAGUCUGUGAAAACUCUCCUGCAUGAUUUUGCCCCCAUGGUGUCUCAGCUGAGUGAGAUGCUGGGGCAGAUGUACAGUACCAUACCGCAGGCAUCUGCACUGGAUUUAACACGCCAGAUGGUCCACAUAUUUGCCAGCGAAACGAAUCAUUUCCCCCCAAUCAAAGCGCUGUUUGAAUUGGUCACUUCUGUUACUCUGACCAUCUUCCAGCAAGGGCCCAGGGAUCAUCCUGAUAUUGUUGAUUCAUUUAUGCAACUCCAAGCUCAGGCCCUCAAACGGAAGCCCGAUUUAUUCUUAUCCGAGAGUCUUGAUGUGAAAGCCGUGUUUCACUGUGGACUGCUGUCACUGAAAUUCCCAGAAGCCCCGACAGUCAAAUCUACCUGCUUUUUCUUUACGGAACUAAUACCGCACUGCGCAGACAUUCCUCCUGUUGGUCAGGUCGUGCAGGAAGAUGGUAAACUCCUCCUGUUGGCUGUACUGGAGGCCAUCGGCGGUCAGUCGUCCCGCAGUCUGAUGGACCAGUUUGCGGAGGUGCUCUUCUGUCUGAACAAGCAUUGCUUCGCUCUGCUGACGGUGUGGCUCAAAGAAGCUCUGCGCUCACCGGGCUUCCCGUCCUCACGCGUCUCGGAUGACCAGAAAGACACGUUCAGCCAACAGGUGCUCAGGGAGCGAGUGAAUAAGCGCCGAGUGAAAGACAUUGUAAAGGAGUUCACCCUGGUUUGCCGCGGCCUUCACGGAACCGAAUACGCCGCGGACUACUGAGCCGCCGCUCAGACGGACACAGAGUGAGCGAAAACCCAAAAAGUACAACUCUCAGAAGCCCUCACUGCGAUGCGAAUAACACCAUGUCAGAACUGACCAUCUGAGAGUCGGGAUCUUCCUCCGACUCGUCCUUCUCGCUCUCUCUCUCUCUUUCAACCACUCUCUCAUUGGAUUUUGGGGCGUCUGUAGGGCGACAUCUCCGCUCUCCGCAUCUCACAGCAUGUUCGCUGGAAACCGUUCUUUGAUUCUCCCACGAUCGAUCUUCCGUGGCUCUUGGGCUGUUUUCCUUGUGAUGAUUUGCAUCCGUUUGAACGAAGAAAUAGUGUUAGUUAAAUGUUUUUUAUUUUUAUUUUGAAGAUACUGACAUAAAAAGCAUAUAUAUAUAUAUAUAUA